AUGUCGGUUCCGAAAUCCCUUCCAACCUUUGAGGACAUCGAAAAGAACAGUCCGCCGUACUCAGCAUGGGGAGUUUGGGAGAACCCUCAGUUGGGGGCUCUCAACUACCUGUCAGAUAGUGUUGUUCUAAAAGCUGUAAAGGAGGAGAUUCAGACUGGCAGCAGAGUCGGAUUGAAUUUACCUCUUGACUUUGUCGACCCCCCUCUGCUUAAUCGCCGAGGUUUUGAGCGCCAGAUCAUUAACAAGGCACCCCGGGUUAUAAAUGACGACGUUAUAACUUUUAACACACAAGGGAGUAGCCAGUGGGAUAGCUUCCGCCACUUUGCCUACCAAGAUGAGGCUAAGUUUUACAACAAAUCUCUGCCCGAGUCCAAAGAGACUAAAGCAACCUCCAGUGUGACUCAAAGCGACAUACAUGAUGAUCCCAACAGUGGAGUAAAUGGCAUGGAAGCGUGGUCGGCCUCGGGAGUUGCGGGGAGGGGUGUCUUGAUCGAUUACUACGCCUGGGCUGAAAAAAAGGGUAUUCACUAUGAUCCCUUGGGCACUCAUGCCAUCAGAUUGAGUGAAGUCAAAGAAAUUAUCGAGGAUUCCAACAUCGAGCUCCGCCCGGGCGAUAUUUUUAUUCUUCGGACCGGUUCGUAUGACUACGCUGCUGGCUCGUCGGAGCCAGAAGACGUCUGUUAUCGAUUUGUGCGGCCAAUAAACUGA